AUAAUUGAUGUUUUUUCAUAACAUAAUUUUUCAGCGAUUUUCUAUGCUUGCACAGUGAAAUUGUUGGAUUGUGUUUGAUUAAAGUGCAGUCAACGAGGAACUAUAUAAAACUGAUUUACUGAAAGGUGGUUAAAGUGUGGUAGAAAAUACAAAAAUUAUUUAAAGUUUUCAUGGGAUAGAAGAAAGUCGGAAGAAAAGUUCGGUUGCAUUUAGUGGCUGAAUGAUCCCUCGGACACCAAUCCAGCAGCAGUAACACAACUUCAACGACAGAAGGGAGAGAAUGAGAGUGCGAAGAAUUGGAAACGCGCUACGAUUGUGUUAGUGAUAGAAAGAAUUUUGAUCAAUGCGAAAUGCAUGAGUGUAUGUGCUAAGUUAUUGAUGUGUUUGUGGAUAUAAAUGGUAAAUCCAAGUGAUUCGGAAGUGUUUUGCGCCGAAAAGGAUGUGUUUGUGACAAAGUUGUUGGUAUACGUAUAAUAUUGUCCAUUGAUCUGCUGAAUGAGUAGUGAAAUUAUCGGUCGCAGCUAAAUUUCAGAAAAAUAAAUAAAAAUAAAGAUGGCUCAAUAAAGGGUGGUGACUGAGUGUAUACCGAAAUUCAAAGUGAUCACUGAGAAAAUAAUAUAAACUCGUCGAUACCGAAGAAAUAAUGCAAAUGUGAUUGCAUUUACUGCAAUAUUGUGCCCAUUAACGUGAUAGCAGAGCAUGUUCAAAUCUUUUCCCUAUAGCUAAAUGGUCGGUCUACAAAUUGUAAUAAAAAACUGAUUAUACUGGGGGCGUUUUAGUGCAUGGAGAUUUACUACAAGAACUGGAAAAUGUGACCCUUCAGAAGACCUUUGUGAAAUCCGUAGAACAUCCUAUUCUAAAUAGUCUGGCUGCUUUUUUGAACACAACGGAAAGAAAAAUCUAUUUAUCGCUUGGUGAAUCUUUUAGCAAAUUGCUUAAAAUGGUCGUACUGACCCAAGGGCUGGGGCCCUUCGUCUCCCGCCGUAACGUACGUGAGAUAGAGUCAAUUCGCUGUUGCAAAAUCGAUGAAUCACUGGAAAGCUUUACAGAAAACUGGAACAAACUGAUAUACACAGCCGAACAUAAAUUUACAUUGGUUUGCUUUAAUUUUUCUUCGUCAUUGUUUUCAAACUUUAGCGAAGAAAAACUAUCGUCAUUCGAGGGCCCGCCAGUAGCGGAUGCCCUUUUUGCACUUUCUGCAUGGAUUCAAUGAAACGUAGCGAGGCGAGCACCGGCCACCACCAAAACAAGGUGGUUUUAACGAACCAAGAAACAGACAGCAAUAACAAAAUAAAUCUUAGUAGUAGUCAUUUGAACAAUAAUACGGUAAGUCAUAAACAGCAACACCAUUCGGCUUUAUUGAAUCAAAAUCAAACGCCAGGAGCAGUAUCCACGCCGUCAAAUCAAAUAUCGAAUUCAUCGAUAUCGGCAUCCAGUGAUAUAAAUAAAGACUCCAAUUUUGAAUACGACGAUAACGAGUGGGAUGUUGGUAUAGGCGACUUGAUCAUUGACUUAGACGCAGAUAUUGAAAAAUCAUCCGUCAGUAAUCAACAUCAUCAGAAUACACCAGCACAAGCUAUAGUCGAUUCGAGGACUAUAACGUCGCCUACAACGUCUCAAUUCUCGGCUGCAAUACCAGCUGAAUCUUCUACGAACGCGUUGAAAACCGAAACUAAUAAUAGUAAUUCGCGGAAAUCACAAAAUUUCGCUACAUCGGUCGGGUUACUUAAGGAAUCUGAUCCAACAACAGUGAGUCUCUCAAAGGGAAUUGUUCCUUCUGGUAGUGUUAACAAAUCUAUUGCUUCAACAAACACGUCAGCAAAAGGAGGAAACACGUCUUCUACUUCAAAACACCACUCCUCCUCUUCCUCUUCCUCUUCCUCAUCAUUGUCUUCUGGACACCAUCACCACCACCAUCACCACCAUCAUCACAAAUCAGCAGAUUCUGGAAACCGUAGUGCAAGUAAUCUUUCCAAGCACUCUGUUUUACUUAGCCAGUUGAACAGUAGUAAACAAUCGAAUUUACAAUCCCUCACAACCUCGGAUAUUACAGGAUUGAAACAUCAUCAUAAUUGUAGUAGUAAUAGCAAUAACAACUGCAAUAAUAUUGGUGUUGAUAUCGACACAUUGAAGAGCAGCCGAAGUAGCAGCUCAGGCACAAUGUCAUCAACGACAGGCGGUUCAAGUGGUAAAUCAGCCACCAAACUUGCCGUUGAUCAUCAGGCCACUUUAGACAAGGGUUUAAAAAUGAAAAUCAAACGUACCAAACCGGGUACUAAGACCUCUGAGGCUAAACAUGAAAUUGUAAAAGCAGAGCAAAAUGGAACCAGUUCUUUGCCAGUGUCGAAUGCAGAUGAAAAUAAUAGUAAUAGUAAUAGCAGUUCUAACUCCAAUAACAAAAAACAUUCGUCACAAUCACAGUCUCAAGCACAACUGGUAACUUCAAAUACCAGUUUGUCCCAGCAGCAACAACAGGGUACUAAACGUGGUAGCAGUGGUCAUCGAAGAGACAAAGCGAAAGAUAAAGCUGCACAUCACAAUCAACGUGAUAAGAAUGAGCACAACAGUAGUAGCAGUACUAACAGUGUCAGUGGAUCUACUACGGGGAGUGAACGAGGCUGCAGUUGCACUCACGAAAUGCAAGUAAAUGGUGUUCAACAGCCUUGUUCCAGCAUAUCCUGCAUACGAAUUCGAACUUCAGAUCAAUCGUUAACAUCUCUGUCACAGCGGAUAUCGAAUCAAAAUAUGUCAAGUACAAGUUCUUCGAGUAGUUUAUUCGCUUCGAAUUCAAAUACGGGUUCAUCGUUAAGUAAUAAUAAUACACCUAAUGCCCCGGGCCCACCAACCUCAAAGGAUAACUGUAAGGUCUCUUCAGUGGCGGGUGUCAACAAUCCACAGUUAUCGAAUCUUCAGCACUCUACCUCAUCUAGUGGUAGCAGUGGAAACAGCAGUUCCGGAUCUAGUAGUAGCAACAAUUUAGGCACUAACAGUGGAAGCAUUAGUUCUGCCAAUAAUGUAUUAAAAUCGCAACUGCAAUCGACGGUACCUCCACCAUCUAGCUUACUGAAUGCACUUUCUUCGGGAACAACGGCCGCACCUAGUCCAAAUCUUUCAUCUUCCGGCAUAGCCUCAUCUAGUAGUGCUUUAACUUUGCUAGGAGAAUCCAGUUCAGCUCAGCUGAAGGAUGACAAAAAAUGUACCAGUCCACCACCAGCCAAACGACACAAAUGCGAUCCGAAGGAUAUGGUGGAUGUUUGUGUAGGCACAUCAGUAGGUACAAUCACCGAACCGGAGUGUCUUGGGCCGUGCGAGCCUGGUACUUCAGUCACGCUAGAAGGUAUUGUUUGGCAUGAGACAGAAGGCGGUGUGUUAGUAGUUAAUGUAACCUGGAGAGGUAAAACCUACGUCGGAACUCUAAUAGACUGUACAAAACAUGACUGGGCACCACCACGAUUUUGUGAUUCACCUACCGAAGAAUUUGAUUCACGAACACCUAAAGGAAGGGGCAAACGUGGUCGUAGCUCUGCAUUGUUUCCUGUUAAUGACCUUAGUAAUUUUACAGAGACUCGAAGUUCUAUGCAUAGUAAAUUAAGAAACGGUGGAUCAAAAGGUCGUGGUGGUCGCGGAACCACAACUGCUGAAAGUAGUUCGUCAAAGACGACGACAACUUCGACAACUACCACGGCCAGUUCGUCUAGCGGUACGACCACAAGCACCAGUUCAGACACUCCUUCAACUUCUCCAGUUGCCUUUUUGCCGCCACGACCGGAGAAACGAAAAUCGAAAGAUGAAUGCCCAUCACCGGUAAACGGUAGCGGCAGCGGAGGUACAAACACAAAUAGUUCGAGCGGCAGUGUGAUAACCACUAACAGCGUAAGUAAUGCAAACGCUAGCGGCAUUGUAAAUAACGGCAUCCCCAGCACUCAGAGUGUAGUUAAUCCUAUGACUGGACUGAAUGUGCAAAUCUCUACAAAAAAGUGCAAAAGCACAGCGUCACCCUGUGCGAUUUCUCCUGUAUUGUUGGAAUGUCCUGAGCAAGACUGUAGUAAAAAAUAUAAACACGCUAAUGGACUGCGAUAUCACCAAAGUCAUGCACAUGGCAGCAUCUCAUCCAUGGACGAGGAUUCCUCACAGCCUCCCGAAUCACCCCAACGAGCAGCCCUUCCGGCCACCCCAUCACCUACGCCAACUGUUCAGCCUACAAUUCUACCAACGGUUGAUGAAGCAACUGGGGUUGUAUUACCAUUGACAAGCACUUCCCCUGCGGUUACUUCUGCGGUAUCUCAGGCUGUAACUUGUUCCAUCACCAUGACCUCUAAUAUGAGUCAAAAUACUACAGUGACAUUGUCAACAGCAACAACUACAACUAGCGAUACUCGCCCCAUCAAUUCAUCAAGUACAUCACCAAGUCCUAGCUCGCUUCUGACUGUUAAUGCACCAAUCGCAUCCCAAAUACCUGCAACGCAAUCUCUGUCGUCCACUACAACACAGCCACUAUUAGCUUCUCCAUCCCAGGUUAGUUCUCAGCCUGCAAAUACUUCGCUAACUGCCGCAGGGGGUAGUAUAACGACAGGUGUAGCAGGUCCUUCACAGCAACAGCCAUUAGGAAGCGGAAAUACGACUUCACUUGGUACUAUUCUAAGUGGAAGCGGACAAAGUGGAGCUAGCUCGAUAACAUCGUUACCACAGACUUGUCAAAUACCAAGUAAUCAAUUACAAUCUCAGCAACACCAGACCGGUGCAGCGUUGCUAGGGCAGUCGAGUACCAAUAAUCUGACUCCUGUCACCCCAGCAAGAAACGAUCCGGUCGCAAAAAGCAAAUCAGGUGUAUUGCGUUUUGGACCUCUACCUAGUGACGGUGAGCAACACACUAGACUACCAUCAGUUGCUCAAUCGAGUUCGAACCUCUCGAUUGGCAUCCCAACGUCACUUGCUAUAGGAACACAGCAGCAAAACCCUCCUCCUGCAAGAUCAUCUUCGAUUGCAUUGGGAGGUGGACUUUUAGCAUUGCAACCGUCGACUCCAGGAGCGACUGAAGGUGCCAACAUAAAAUCACAAAAUUGUUCCAAGCAAAAGAAAAAUAGAAAAUCUCCUGGACCGUCAGAUAUUGACCUAGCUGCUUGUAAUCGUGCCGAGGAUGUGCAAAGUCCUGCGUACAGUGAUAUUAGCGAUGACUCUGCACCAGUAGUAGACGCAAGUGAUUUAGAUAAGCUAAAAAGCCAGCCAAUUGUGGAGGUGGGCAAAAAGUCUAAUCAAGGUAUGCAGGGACAAAUAGGUCCUCUUUCUGGCUAUGGUAUGUAUCCAUACUACCCUGGUAUGCCUCAUCAGCCACCAUAUUAUACAACAGAUCAUACGGGAAAAUCACCACAUGUAGGACAUUCUCCGCUUAGUGCAAGUGGCAGUACCAUGGAUUAUAAAAACAAAGAGCCGCCACUCGAUCUCAUGAACAAACCUAAUCAACAACAACAACAACAACAACAACAACAGAUCGCACCUCCACCAUCAUCGCAACCCGGGCAACCUCCCCAUCCACAAAUGCUACCAGGCGAAGUUAGCGUUCCGUCUAAUAAAGAUGGACCUGUUGCACCCUUAGCGCACCCAAAUGCCAACAAGAUGAUGCAACAUUUCUAUCCUUAUGGAUACAUGCCAACAGGAUUUGGCUAUAACUUAGACCCAAACUAUGGGCCGGUAUCCAUGAUAACGGAAGAUAAUAAGCUAGCUCAACAGCUUCCGCCCGGCCAAAUCAAAGAAGAAAGAAUCAAGGAAAGCCCGAGUCCUAACGAAUACUCCAAGAUGAAUCCACAGAUGGCUUCCGCUAAACUUAUAAAAUCAGAACCAACACUGAUUAAAGAUAUUAAGACUGAAAGUGGACAUUCGAUGCAUUCUAAGGAACAACCACCGCCUGGUCAAUCACCUGGGCAGUCCCCAUUAAGUACUUACGGUGGAAUGUUUCCGAGGCAUGGAUUAAAUGUCGGUCCAUCAUCACAAGCGCCACAGCAUUUGAGCCGGGAAGAUGAUCUAAGACGUUUGUUUAAUUAUCCUGAUCAACGAAGGUCAAGCACGUCGAGUAAUUCAUCAGCAUCUAACCUUAAUCCAAAAGAGGAACCUCCUUCGCCAUCACAGCCGGUUCCUAGUCAUCCACCUUUGAGUUCAGGACACAAUCAAAAUCCAAUACAGUCUUCUACCACUGCUUCCCAACAACAGCAACAACAGAAGAAUCCUAAGAAUUCAUCUUCACAGCAACAGAUGAAACAGCAGAAGGAUAUAAAAACAGAAGACAAGGAAUUACUAAAAGUGAAACAAGAAGGUCAAAAACCAACAAUGGAAACUCAAGGUCCUCCACCUCCACCAACUUCGCAGUACUAUCCUCAUUCACUUUACAUGAGUGCGGCUCCGUUUGGAUUCGAUCCAAACCAUCAGAUGUACAGGAAUAUGCUUGUACCAACAGCAUCGUAUAGCGCACCUCCAUAUCACUUGCAAAUACCACGUUACACAUCGCCAGAGGACUUGUCACGAAAUCCUAGUACAAAAGCGUUAGACUUACUACAACACCAUGCCAGUCAGUACUAUAACUCACACAAAAUCCACGAACUAAGAGAGGGUGCGCUUAAAAGUCCUACCAGCAACGUUAAAGUAAGCGUAUCUAGUCCCAAUCUUCCUCAGCCAUCCAGUCAAAAUCCUAACAUGUGCAUUCCUUCAUCAAAUAGUAGCAUCAAUAGUUCAGCGUUAUCGUUACAGCAGCAGCAACAGCAAGGUCCGCCCUCUGCGCACUCACAGCAACAACCACCUGGACCGUCACAAGUUGGUGGACCAAACACAGCUAAUAGUGGUCCUGGUAAUGGAGCUACGGAUUUGCAGAAAGAAGCUGGCCCUGGUAAUUUGGGUCAAGGACCCACGUCAACAGGUGCUCCUCCACCGCAAUCAGGUCCACCACAAGCAGGUGCACGAAGCCCACCACCUCAGAGGCAUGUGCACACGCACCAUCAUACACAUGUCGGCCUCGGCUAUCCGAUGUUUCAGGCUCCAUAUGGAGCAGCCGUAUUGGCAAGUCAACAGGCGGCAGCAGCUGUCACUGUGAUCAGUCCUUUCCAAACAGGACCUCCAGCUAAGUAAAUCCAGUUAUCGCAAGAGAAAUGACACACAAAGGGACAUAUUGGUACCAGUGUUCAGAAACACGAUCACUAAUCAACGGAACGAGAAUCGAACAAAGCACUUCGAUAAUUACCCUGAUUUGUGAUGCACAUGACAAAUGCAGUGAGCAAACAGGAGAUGAAGCAAAAGUGUGAUAGAAUAGUUUUUAUAUACUAGGCAUAUGAGCGAUGGCGACAAGAAAAAAUGAGGUACGACAACAUAAUGCUUUGCCCACCUUACUUUAAUAGUUGAACGGCGCGAUUGAGUGUUUUUACUAGCGUACUACGGAUGAGGUUUUAACUGAAAUAAAGAACAUUGUAUUGUGUAGAGUUAAAAGUUAGAACCGUAGCUAUAGUAUUGAUAGUCUAAGUGUAGAGACAGAUCAAAUGCAAAAAUAUCUAUUUUUGUACAAAAAACAAAAAGAAACAAAAAUAUUACACAAUUUUACUGGUAGCGCAACUCUAUCAUAAACAGUAGGUAAUUUCGGUCAUUAGCUGAUUGCUGGUAGUAUUCGAAAAACCAAGUGUGUAAAUACAAAAAUAACAAUAUUCUCGACAACCGUAUUGCCGAAAGGUAACAUCGAGUAACGAGUCAACCAAUCUGCAAAGUUUCAAUAUGAAAACGUGUAAAUCAAUUUACCUUCAUUCAGAAGGACAAGAUAACAUGUUAAAAUUUAUCAGCAAAUACAUGUAAAUAUACCGUUACAUUGAUAAACAAAACGAAAAAGCCUGUUUCUUCUUGAAUGUUCCAUAUUAAUUCUGUUUUUUUUUAAAGUUAAACAAAAAGUGGUAUAACAUUUGAAUCGGUCUACAUAUUCUUUUUUGUAUUACUGCUAAUGACUGCCUAUCCUUACAGAAUCUCGGGUAACGUUUCGCUAAAUCGAACGUACCUGCGUAGACAUCUGAAUUUCAAGGGUAAGUUUAACUAAUCAUGUUUUUGUUUUAUUUUUUGGAACAUUCGGCCACAGCUAUGACUGAGAAACACUUGAUCGGAGCCCAUCGUAGAAGCAAAGCUUUCGCGAAUAUUUACAGCAAUGAACAUAAAUUAGUCGUGUUGAUAAUUGUAAAAUCUGCAUCCUUUAGUCACAACUAUUGUUUGAAUAUACGGGUGUAAAUUACUGGAUAGACGACAGUGGCGGGAAAAUAGAAGCAUGGUGUAGAAGUACACUUGAUUUUCCCAUAAUUUGUUAAACAAAAAAUCUACGAUGAGAGAAAACAUUCUCUCAUACCAUCACUAAUGAAAAGUAGUUAUUUUUAAAACGAAUUGUAAACAAAGCUUUAGGUGUGAAAAUACUAACUAUUAUAGUGAGAUAACAAUUAUUAUACUGUACAAGAUCAACCAUUGGUGAAUAAAAAUUAAAAAUGGUAUUCUGAGGCACAGGAUAUUCAUGUUUCUAUUCAUCCGUUUGAAGGAAAUGAACUGGCAUUUCAUGAGUACCGGUUCCGAGAUAGUCAGCAAACAUAAUGCUGCUGUCCUUUUUCUUGACAAAGGUGAAGAAAGUUCAGAGAUUAACUACAUUAAUAUACGUGUAAAAGUAAAUUAAAAUCAUAUAAUUACGUAUAAAGCUAUAAUGUAUAGAAAUACAUUCCUUGUAUUGAAGCAUGAUCAAAAUUAA